AUGUCAUCCACGUCUUCCUCCACGCCACAUUACAGUUCUUUCCCCUCGCCCUCAUCAUCAUCCACCGCCACUCGUCCUUACUUUAUCACACGCGCCGCCACAUCCGCACGCGCCGCUUUUGCCACGCGCAGACCAUGGGAAGAGGUAUUCGCGCUCUACUCUUUCACGCGUCCCCACUCCAUCAACGAAGCCACCAUGCGCGUGAAACGCAACCUCAACCACUUCCGCGUGAACUACUUCAUGAUGGUGCUGUUUGUUCUCUUUCUCAGCCUCCUCUGGCACCCGCUCUCGAUAAUCGUGUUUUUGGUGGCGCUGGUCGCUUGGUUCUUUCUCUACUUCUUCCGGGACGAGCCGGUGAUGGUGUUCGGCUCCUCGGUGGAUGAUAGGACGGUGGCGGCUGUCCUUGCGGCAGCGACCGUCGUGGCCUUGGUGUUCACCGGCGUGUGGGUGAACGUGGUGGCUUCGAUUGUCGUCGGGAUUGCGCUGGUGAUAUUGCACGCUGCUUUUAGGAGCAGUGAAGAUUUAUACUUGGAUGAACACGAGGGUUACGACGGUGGGUUGCUUUCGGUGGUUGGGGGUACCCCUACAAAACGAACGGGAGGGUACACUUAG